UUUUUUAAUAGCGUUGAUUGGAUACAGAAUAGAAAAGAUCUCGAGUUUCCAGAAAUCCUCUAUCUUCUAGCCAAUCAAUACGCAACACGUGAUCCUAGAGAAUAUCGCGUUUCUCGGGAUAGCAGCUCCGCUCCGCUGAAAUUACGAGUCGGCCUAACCUAGACGGUUCAGUUCUUUUCCAUUUUUCUUCGCUGUGUCCGAUCUCUUUGAUUUUUUUACAAUGUAUAAACAGUAGUAAUCGUAAAAAGUAACUUGUACAGACUCAGUAUUUUUAUAGUUUUUGACAGAUACCUUGUGACACAAAGCGAUGGAAAUUGGCAUAGAACAACCAGUUGAGGAUGCUAUGGCUUCAGAAGAUAGUGCAAGUAAUGAAAAUCAGAACAUUUUGGAUCAUAGGGCAAUCUCUAGCAUACAACGUGAGAAUCAAAAUUGGGAAGCGGGUAUAAAGACAACGAAAUCAGAUCAUGAUACUAGAUCCACUGGCACUGACAACAGUCAUUGUAAUGAUAUCACAGAUGAAGAAAUUACAUGUUUUGAUAAUAAAAAUACUUUACACAAUGGCUUAUGCCAAGAAGAUUCGGAACAUCAUGAUGAUUUACGACAAUUUGAUGUACUGGAUGAUUUGGAUCGCCAUCCAGAACAGAAUGAUGCUUCUGAUGAUGAUUCAGAUACAGAUGAGAGUAUGGAUUCUGAGGUACCAGAUGAAGAAAUUGAAGCAAUGCUAGAAGAAGGUCUUCCAGAAGAAUUUAAAGGAAAGAGAAAAGAUAAAAAGGAUCGCUUGCCCUAUGAGGAAAGGGAGAAACUUGUUUUAGAUGAAAUUGGACAUAAUCAUUUUGACGUUUUACCUGAAGGAUGGGUACAAGUUACCCACAAUAGUGGAAUGCCAUUAUAUCUUCAUAAACAAAGUAGAGUUUGUACACUAGCAAAGCCCUACUUUCUUGGUCCAGGAAGCGUUAGAAAACAUGAAGUUCCUGUAAGCGCCAUACCCUGUCUUCAGUACAAAAAAGCAUUAAUGGAAGAGGAAGAAGAACGAAAGAAGGAGAUGGAACGUGCACCAAAUACUGAAGCUUGCAGUCUUCCCAGUGCAAAGAUUGAAACCAUACAAGAGAAUCGUGCGGCACAUUCAUUAGAUAGCGAGCAAUUAAGAAAUUAUUGUCAGUCUUUGUUUCGUUUUAAAUCCAUUAAAGUAAUGAGAUUUCAAUCUUGGUCAGCGCGUCGAAAAUUUACGAAAAUUAAAAAACAUCGUAAACAACUUGAACGUCCAACUUUACCGGAUGGUACAAAAUUAAUCACUUUCCCAAUCAGUAGUUCUAGUGGAAGUGGCAAUUGGAAUAUUGCGGACGAUAAUGGUCAGAGACCUGCGAAACACUGGAUAAUGAAUCCAUCGGGCAAAAGUUAUGUUUGUAUUCUUCAUGAAUAUGUGCAACAUGCGUUAAAAAAACAACCAACAUACAAAUUUAAAGAAUUAGAAAAUGCAGCUACACCAUAUUCCGCGGUAGUUUGUAUAAAUGAUAUGGAAUAUGGUAGUGGAUUCGGCAGCAGCAAAAAACAAGCAAAGGCUAAUGCAGCCCGAAAAACUCUUGAAAUUUUGAUUCCACAAAUGAAAGAUAAAAUUUCCGGUGAAAACAGCGGGGAUACUGGAUCGAACAAUGAUAGUCGUACGAUAAAAGCGUCUAGAGGAAAUUCUGAUGCCGAUCUUUCGUUCUUCGACGAAAUAUCCAUCACGGAUCCACGUGUUGCAGAAUUUUGUGCGAAAACUACAGAACCUUCUCCCCAUGCUAUUUUAAUAACUUGUCUUCAAAGAAAUUAUGGUUUAGGAGAUAUGCACAUAAAUUAUUCAGUAAAUACGUUGAAACAUCAACGAAACGAAUUUACAAUGAAAGUUGGAAAACAUGAAGCUACUGUUGUUUGUCGUAACAAGAAAGACGGUAAACAACGAGCAGCACAAGCAAUACUACAACUUAUACAUCCACAUAUACAGUCUUGGGGUUCUUUGCUGCGUCUUUACGGAUCGCGAAGUGUUAAAUCCUUUAAGGAAAAGAAACAAUUGGAACAAGAAAUAACCCUUUUGCAGGGUAAAGCCGCUGUUAAUCAACCAAAUCACGCUAUUUUAGGUAAACUUAGACAAGAGAUGCGAAGAUUAGCCGAACAACGCGAGGCAAUACAACCUAUUGGUAAGUUUGUACCACCAGAUUUACCAACGGGAUCGGCAGCUAAUCUCAAUAAUGUAGAUUUAUAAAAAAGUAUAGAUAAUUGAUAUAUAUAUGACUUUUGAUCGUCAGCUGACACACACACUAUAUUGGAUUUGAUUAUUUGUUACAUAUUGGGUGUACGUCACCCAACCAUUUUUAAUUGGGUAUAUCUCGGUACCUAAUGUAUAGAAUUUAAACAUUUUUUUUUAAUUGAUAUGCCAAGUCAGGAAAAAAAUUAAAUAGGUGUGAAAAUUGAGAUGUUGAAUAUAUUCAAAAUAUUCAGAAGAGAAGGAGCAAACGAUUUAUGAAUGUCAAGCAUUUUUGUAAAAAAGGCCGGGUGUACGACACCCAGUGUGUCAACUGAAGGUUAAAUAUAUAUAUUUAGAAAAAUAUAAAUAAUAGAAGAGAAGAGGGUAUUAUGGCUACUGUCAACAAAUAGGCUACUCCUAUUAUUUCCGUUAUUAGAUGACGUGUUCUAAUAAUUG